CUGUCAAAAACAUUUUUUUCGGACUCGUUUGUUUUUCCAAGUUUUGUGCCCAUAAAAAUUAUAAAACGAUUUAAUUUAUUUAAUAUAAACUAAAAAUAAUAAUGGUUUGUGAUAAAUGUGAAGCAAAACUAUCCAAAAUAAUCACACCCGAUCCAUGGAAAGCCGGUGCCCGUAAUACAACCAAACCUGGAGGAAGAAAAGUUAACGAAAACAAAGCCCUAACAAGUGCUCGAGAAAAAGCUAAUCCAUUAUCCAGAACACUUGCUCCUUGCAAAAUAUGCCGCCAAAAAGUCUACCAACAAGGAUCUCACUACUGCCAGUCGUGUGCGUAUAAAAAAGGAAUUUGUGCGAUGUGCGGCAAAAAACUUAUGGACACAAAAAUGUACAAACAAAGUUCUGUUUAGUUAAAAUUUAAGACAACAAAAAUAUUGUACUUUAUUUUAUUAUAAAUAUUUUUUGUUAUUAUUUAGCAAAUAGAAAAUUAAAUGUAGAUUUAAGAUUUUAACCAAAA